UACAGCCAGGAAAGCUGGCAGGUAGGAAGGCUGGGGAGGGCACCAGGGGGCCAUGGACCCCACAAUAGGGCCUGUGCGCUAUCAGAAGCUACUAAUGUGGGAGACAAGCCUGGAGAUGGAGGAGGAGGAGGAGGAAGAGGAGACAUCAGAGCCACUGGUUCCCAACCCCUGGAGGCUGCAGGACUCUUCUGGAAACAAGUCCUGUGGACUGCCCGGGGCCUGGCCCCGACUAGCAGCUGCCCUGCUGCUGCUGGCCAUUGGCGGCUCCCUGGCUGUGUGGCAACUCCAAACUAAGGGCGGCUGGACAGGAAACUUGGGCUCUGUGGCCCCUCCCCCCAACAGACACUCCCACAGCCCUGGCAUAUACCACCAUGGCGCCAUCAUCAGCCCUGCAGCCACAUGCUCUGACCUGGGACGAGAGCUGCUUGUUGCUGGGGGCAAUGUCGUGGACGCUGGCGUUGGAGCCGCUCUGUGCCUGGCAGUGGUGCAUCCUCAUGCCACAGGGCUAGGUGCCACAUUCUGGGGCCUCUUCUACAACAGCUCCUCAGGCAACUCGACUGCCCUGACGUCAGGCCCAGCGCAGACCCUGGCCUCCAGCCUUGCCCUACCUACAGCUCUACCCACCCUGCACUUGAUACAUGCACACUUUGGCCGCCUGCCCUGGCCACGGCUGCUGGUGGGCCCCACUGCAUUGGCUCAAGAGGGCUUCCUAGUGGACACACCCCUAGCAAAGGCUCUGGCAGCUCAGGGCACAGAAGGCCUCUGCCCACUGUUUUGCCAUGCUGAUGGGUCACCCCUGGGCCACGGGGCCCGAGCCACCAACCCAAAACUGGCAGCUGUGCUACACAAGGCAGCACUCGCCUCCACCUCAGACCUUCCUGGGGAUGCCCUGCUGAGUCUGCUGGUCAGAGAUCUGGGAGUGGAGGCACCCUCCGCUAGGCCCAGCCCUACCUUGAAGCCAGCAAUGCAGCUACAUGUGCCCCAGGGCAUCCUGUUCACCACCCCUAGCCCCUCGGCUGGCCCAGAACUGCUGGCACAGCUGGAGACAACCUUAGUCUCUGGGGCACCUAGCCCUGAUCCCUGCCCACCAUUCCUGCAAACUGCCACAGCCCCUGCCAGCAGCAUCCUGGCCACCGUGGACAACAGCGGCUCCAUGCUCCUUCUCACCUCCUCACUCAACAGCUCCUUUGGCUCUGGACACCUGUCCCCAAGCACUGGGGUUCUGCUUAGCAACUGGGUGGCUGGGUCUGCAACUAGCACGUGGGCCUGCCCGCUCAUCUUCCAUGCUGGCCCAGAUGACACCGAGGCUGAAAUGUUGGGGUGGGUGGCUUCAGGGACCCCUGAUGUGGCCAGAGCCAUAACUUGCGCCUUAGUCAGCCAUCUGGCUGGGCCCCAGAGCCAAGCCCAGCAAGAACCAACAGAGAGUCCUAGAGCUUGCGGCCAAGGAAUCUUGCUCCGGGUGUCAGCCCAUGCAGAGCAUGCCCAUGUCUCCAGUGUCCCCAGUGGCUGCAGCCCCUUUCAGGGGUUCUAAUGGGGGAGGGAGCAGAGCAGCCCCAGCAGCAAUUGUGUGCAUGAAGAGAGUGCAUCUGUUAUGUGCUCACUGCUGACUUGGGACCCAACUCUGAACCUGGUCAGUUACCUGGACUUGAGUUGUGGCAUCCAGGAUCAGCUCAAUCAUUCUUCAAAACACUCCCACUGGAUGGAAUUUCUGGUUUUUUAACCACAUAAGGAAACUGAAGAUAAUGAGCAAAGAGCAAGAGGGCCUGUGGCCAGCCCUAAAUUCAUAUCCAGCUCUGGGAAGGACAAAGAGAAGAAUGUUUAGCCCCUGCCUAGGCUCUGGGCCCCAUGGGGCAGGGCAGACAGAGCCUGGGGCCUCCAUCCUCCCCUCAGGCCACUCCCUGCUCAUCUCCCACAACUGGACUAGACAUAAAAUAAAGAUCAAGUCUCCUGGAGGCCAGGUGCCAUUCCUGCUUCUUGGUUAACUUCCCACCAGCCUUUGACGCACCUGGUGCAGAGCUUCCUUGAUGGGCAGCACAAGUGACCAACACCCACAGAGGGGAUUGGGCUAGUGUCUUUCAGCUUCUCCUGCUCGGCUCACCUUCUGCCUUCUGGGGCACUGUAUGUGCAAGGUAAAUCUCUUAAUUUCACUUUUUAAAACAGACAGCAGAGCAGAAAAGGGGGUGAGAGGACAAGUAGGAGGUGCCCAUGGGACUUGGGUAUAAAAGGGGCUGGAGCUGGGUGUAUGGAAUGUAAAGGCCAAGGUUGGUCCUCUCCUCCCUGCUAUGGCUGGGGUUUCUCUGGACCACAAUCCUCUAGAAACAGCUUCUCAACCAAGAAGCAGGGGUAGCUAGUAGCCCUUCCCUGCCCCCACCAUUGUAUUA